AUGGCGGGCAUGCCACCGCGGUGUAGCGCGACGCAAGCGGCGUCAACCGCUGCUGUCGACGGCACCACCACGGCAACAUCAGAAAUUCUCCACAGGGCACGCGAGGACAGCGCCGCCGGACGCCCUUCGUUGAAUGAACCCGCCGACGUCAAACCCACCGCGGCAGCAGCAGCAGCAGCGGUUUUGGCGAUGGCGAACUCUACCAGCCUCCCACGUGGUGUGGAGCCGCAAGUCACGCUGCCCACGUCCUCCCGCGCAGGUACCACCGCCGCCACCAUCGUGGACCACGUGGCAGAACACGAUGCCACUGCUGCGUUGGAGCGGCGCAUCCAACUUCUUGAAGCGCAGCAAGGCGUGCUUCUGAAGCAGGUAAAUUCUCUUUUGGAAGAGAAGCAGCAGCGCGACGCGCAGGCGCGACGCAGUGGUGACAGCAACAAUAACGCCAUCGGCGAUGCAUUGCAUGCUGUGGACGGUGGGCUGUGGUCGAGUGAGGAGAAGAUACGAGGGCAGGGAAGGACGUGGUUGCCUGCCUCGGACACGUCGUCGACGGCGCAACUGUCCACCCGCACGCCGGAGAAGCGGAAGGACAACAAGCUGUCACCGUUACCCCCACCGCCGUCGAGGGGAUCGCGCAGCGCUCCCCCUCGGAGAGCUCCUGCCGCUGCAGGGCCUCUGCCCCAAGGAGGUGGCCGCCAAGCAGCAGCAGCAUCCGCGUUGGAUGCGAACCCAGCAUGGAAAGACGUCAGCGCCGGCGGUGGUAUCUUAAACACGCCGGGCAACGGUUCGAUGAGCCUGAACAGCGUGGGCUACGGCAACAGCGUCAAUAACCACAGCAACAACAGCAUGGCGACAGCCCACCUAGCCGCAGCCCCCGCUCCUCCGCAUCCGCACCGGAAUGGCAGUUUUUGUAGCGCUAGCAUGAGUGGUGACGCGGCACAGCAGCAACAGCAGCAGCCGCAGCAGGUGUCGUCGCGUGUGGUUGCGGGCCGUCAGCGGCAGUCGUCCUUUGUCACCGUCGUCAGCCCAACGCACUCCAUGCGGGGUGAGAAGGAGGCGGCCGCUGCGCAGGACGGCUCCAACGUCCGUCGCCCGUCUGCGAGGGCACCAACAACGAUGCCGUCUCCACCAGCCAUGGGAAUAUGCACUUCACCCUCCACCUCCACCACCAAAGCCGCCGCGGUUGGUGCUUUAGGUUUGGCGAACUUCCGAAGCGACGACCCGCUCUCCGUCACGCCGCCGGCGCUGAAGCGGAACUCGUCGCUCUUGACUAUGUCGGCGAGCUCCACCACACACCUGACCGACACCUCAGCAGCCGGGUCGCAGCAAAGUAGCACCUCGAACUUUAAGAGCAACAACCACAACAGCUCGACGUCGUUGAGCAAGACGAGCGGUGCGGGUGUGCUGCGCCUCCCACCACCGAAGCAGCGCCCGAGCAGCGAGACGCUAUUCGCAUCAUCGCAGGAUGGGCCGUCGGACAGCAGCGAGAACAGCAACGGUGUGGCCCGUCUAACACGCGCACGUGAGCAGACGUCCUUUGAUCAGCGCCCACCCCGUGUCGCGGACAUGCCAACGGACGAGGAGGUGUUCGGCAAAGGAGGUAUAACACCCACGACGGUCUCGCCAUGCACCACACACACCACCUUCCCCUUGCCGGAGGUGCGGCCCACCCGGCCGUUUAACGAAGGCGGCAGUUUGGUGGACGAGUUUCGGCGGUUGUGCAGCAGCAGCAGCAGCAGCAGCAGCAGUAACAGCCUCGGACGCGGCGGGAGUGACGGCGGACCAUUGCUGCUGCUGCAGCAGCAGCAGGCUCCAACAGAGCGUCGGUCGCCCUCCCCGCCAACGCCGACCGCCGCCCACCGCAUCGCCAGCUUCGCCGCGAGCAUGGACCAGUGCAAGGCCGUCGGGGAGCUCUUCCAGCAGGUCCUUUCUCUCGGUCACAGCCAGUCGCUGCUCGAUGAUCGGAUGCAGAAGAUGGAGCAGCGCGUCGGAGAGCUCGGCGACGACUCUCACCGCUCGCAGCGCCGCGUGCAGAGUCACCUGCGCAAGCUUUACGCCCUGCAUGACUACGUGAAGCAGAUGAUGAUCGCGCAUCACCACCACCGCCGCCGCCGCAGCAGCAGCAGCAGCAGUGGCGCUGCCGAUGAAGAAGGCGAAGAUGACGAUGGCGAAGAUGACGAUGAGGAAGAUGAAGACGACGAAGAAGCGGAGUCGACUUCGCGGCCGUUCGUAUUGCUGUCUCCGCCGUCGGUGCCACGCCGGUGUCUCGCCGGCAAUCGCCACUCGACAACUACGAACAGCUGCAAUAGCAGCAGUAGCGUCAACAACAGCGGCGGCGGCGGUCAUCACCACGCGGGUCGGAGCGACGAAGACGGUUCAGCACUGCAGCGAAGAAAUCGGAGCUCCCCGCCUCACGCCAACGAGCUGCAGCAGCGGCAACUCGAAACAUCAGCAAGUGUGAAUGCUGAAGGACAUGAAUACUCGAAACCAGCAGCAGCAACCGCGUUAAUGCAGAAAGAAGCGGAGGGAGAAGAGGGAAAAACAAUGGCAGGAACGGUGCAGUUCGACAGUGGCAAGGAGGAGGGCGGACAGAUCGAACCCGUCGUGGCCACCUCGCUCAUCUCCAGCUCCGCACGUGGCGGCGCUGCAGCCGCCCGCGCGGGCGGCUGCAUCAUGCUGCCGUGCUUCUUCUUACCCUGGGACUCCGCACGCGCCUCCCCAUCGACCUUCUCACUCAACGAGUCAUCCUCCACCACGAUCAACGCCAACGCCAUCACCAACACCACCACUGCCGCAGCGGCAGCGCUGGGUGGCGUCGUCGCUGCUGGGCGUGCAAACCCGCACCCGAGCAACGCGGCCCUUCUAUUCUCACCCACCGGGAUCGCCUCUAGCUUUUCGCUGACGAGUAUGCUGCCGCACUCCGUUGUCAUGGCCAGUCACCUGUCUGCACGCCCACCAGGGCUGCCGUGCACCGCGGCAAACGCAGGCGCCUCAGCUACGGCGCUCACAGAAAUAGAGACAACGACAGACGGCGAUGGCGACGGUGAAGAGAGUUUACGUGCGUGGUCGAGUGGUCUGCCCGUGGCGCCGUCCUCUGCGGCACUGCCGGGUGCGCCGUCAAACCCCGCACAGAGCGGGACGCCUGCCCCCUCCACUAAAUUGCCGGAAAAGUCAGCGGAUACGGGAUCGGUAAGGGAGGUGGGCAGGGGAGACGGCGAGCCGGCUCGCACGCCCGCUACCGCCACCACGCCGACGACGACUCCACGGGAGCCCGAGGAGAAGGAUGCAACGGGCAGCGGUGCGGCUGUCGCUGCUGGCGUCGCUCCCGCCGAUCGCACCUCGCAGCUGAAAGAGACGGCAACGAGCACCGAGAAGGAAGGGAGGGGGUCGAGGGUGGCGACGGGCACAGCCGCCAAAGCGUUGAGACGUGGCAGCAGCAGUAACAUCAGCAGCAACAGCAUCCGCAGUCCCGUAAAGAGGUCGCCCCUUCAUCCAUACUCCGCCGUCGCGUUGCGGACCCCAACAUCUACCGCGGCGGCCACUCCUGCGUCAUCGCUGUCCACGCGAGCUCGACACGCGUCAGGCCACAACGCACUCACGGCGGUCCCACGUAAUGGACCUGUUGUGUGGGACUCAUCAGUGUCGCCGCGACACCAACACCAGCGGCCGCAGCACCAACAACGAUGGCCACCACUGCCACCGCCGCCGAUCAAGCAGUCACCGAUGCUGACGCCGCUGUCGUCCUCAUUUUUCUAUACACUCUCGCCGCAGUCAGCGCUUACCCGCCGCUCGUACUCGUCCAUCGCCUCGUCACCCGCGCACCACCAUCCUUCUGCGGCGGCCUUUGCCCCAUCAGCAGCAACGCCGGCAGCGACUAGGAUAACUCUAUCCGCCCGUGCUUCGCUCCGCAAAACGCGGUCCGAGAACGCAAACGGCGCCGCCACCACCGCGGCAUCAACAGCGGCGUCCGCUGUCGUGUCAGAGCGCAAAAGCAGUGUGCCCGACGCACCGAGAUCCACUGCGGACACGCCACACGGCGCCUCCACCGUCUCUACCACCGUCUCCUCCCGCCGCCUGUACGAGGCACUGCAGAACAGCAAGUCGCAGCCGGCACCUACGCGGAGUGGUCGUGGUAAUGACGCACGCUGGCCAACCUCCGUCGUCGUGAAGACGACGGGGGCGGGACGUCUUAGCGGUGCCUCGGCCUCACCGUUGCACAGCGCUCCCGUCUCUGCCGCCGCCACGGCGGACAGGAAAGAGGCGGCGGUGCCUUUCAUGGACGGCACCGCGUCACGCACAGCCGAUCGAAGCCGCCACCGCACUUCAUCUUCUGUCCUACGCGUGCAGCAGAUAACAACAACAGCGGCAGCGGCAGCAGCACCGACGUCGGCCGUAUCUUCCUUCGCAUCUCUUCUUUCCACCGCUGCGGCGGCUCCCCCGCUCGCCGCUCCCUCCGCCACCUACGCCACCCAAUCGCCUCAGUGUCUGCGCACGGCACCGAUUCUGCUGCGGCGCAGUCCUGCAGCGGUGACGGCGACGACGACGACGAUUGCAUCGGCCAGAGCAGCAGCCGUCACGGCCCUCCGCAACGAACUCACGCCUCGAGGCACCACGGGUGGUGACGCCGCCGGUGAUGCUGAGACGGCGGUAGAGCAAGUGCAGCACAAACCUUCAUCUCCGCAGCGCAACGCAUCUCUGCGUCCGUCAUCUGCAUCGUUGUUCUCUUCACCGACGGUGGCUGCUGCUGCUGCUGCUGCUGCCGGUGCUGUGAAGGCCACUCGUAAAGUGUCCCCUGGCAAGCGAGCGUCAUCAAGCACAGCGCGUAGCCCUUCAACAGCAAACGCAGCUGUGGUGGCACCCGCGGUUGUGGUCCGCUGCCACCCCCAACCGCGCGGUCGGGGCAUGCGAGCGAUGCUUUGUCGGCUCAUUGUGCAGACGGACCGCCACCGCCGUCACAGAAGUAGCAGCGCGAGUGGUAGUGGCCGCAGCACGAGUAGCAGCGGUGGUGAUGGCGGCGGGAGGAGCGCCUCCGCCUCGCCGGUGGUGACCGUACGGAGCCCGAUGAAACUGUCGAAGACGUCGAUGUUCGUCAGCGACAGACACGCAGCAGCGGAGGAGGAAGAGGACGAGGAGGAGAGCAGCCGGCACGAUUGCGUGGGUACGGCAGCGACGGCAGCUGCAGGUGCACUGCCAGCAGGUGAAGCGCAACCAGUGCAGCAAGAUCAGCUCGGUAGUGUUCGCCAGGCAGAGUGUGCGGUUGUGGACGCACUACACAGACCUCAAGAACACCCCAGCGCGGCUGACGACAGAAGCCACAGCAGCAACAACAGAAGUGGGCGCAAUAGCAGUAGUAUGAAUAGUAGUAAUAGUAUGAAUCAUUCGACGAGCGCGACCACGGUCCGUCCGCAUUCGCUACGACCUACCACGCCAACCCAACCCGAGCGAUCCGCGUUGCGUGACCGCCGUCAACGGGCAGCGCUGCCACCGCCGCUAUCGGCGGCCACGCUGUCCGACGCAUCCUUUUCCAUGCUGCACCCCACGAGCCCCGUCGCUGGUGGGGAUGAGCCAACACUGACGUUUGCAAGCGACGGUGCGCACACCGAGAAGCACGACGCCGACGAGCGGGCGAGCCCCGCAGCAGAGGCCGCAUUCGACGUCGCGAAAAACACAGCAGAAGCGUUGCAGCACACGCAGUCGCCUUCUCGUCCAUCACCACAGCUGCACGCCGCGGAUCCCGGCGAAAACCGCAGUUGCUCGGCACACCUCGCCAAUGCCUCCCCCUCACCCCUCCACAACGGCACCCAGCACGAAGAAUCGAGUGCAGGGAGUGGCAGCCGGUCGGUGCAGCACCACGCGCCUCCUCCGCCGGCGCCGCAUACACCGAGUUUCCUCUUCGAUGCGGCCACGCCUGUGUCGGUGCUCUCCUCGUCGUCGAUGAAGCACGCGCAGCGGCGGUCAUCACCACAGCAUCAGCAACUGCGCAAGCCGCAGCGGUCGUCUAGCGCGAACGCGCCAACUGGGCAGCCCUCUGCCUCACCGAAAACGCAUGCGGACGCUUCUCGAGAAGGCGCCUCGUAUUGA